AUGGAUGGGAAGCCUGGUGGUCCUGGUCCUAUGGGAAGCCAGUCAGCCCUGAAGACAGCCCUGAAGGCAGCCCUGAAGGCAGCCCUGGAGACAGCCCUGAAGCCAGCCCUGAAGGCUUCCCUGAAGCCAGCCCUGAAGCCAGCCCUGAAGGCUUCCCUGAAGCCAGCCCUGAAGCCAGCCCUGAAGGCUUCCCUGAAGCCAGCCCUGAAGGCUUCCCUGAAGCCAGCCCUGAAGGUAUCCCUGAAGCCAGCCCUGAAGGCUUCCCUGAAGCCAGCCCUAAAGCCAGCCCUAAAGGCUUCCCUGAAGCCAGCCCUGAAGCCAGACCUAAAGGCUUCCCUGAAGCCAGCCCUGAAGGACUGUCUGGGCCAAAAGGAGAAAAGGGAGACCAAGGAGAUAUGGGGCCCAGGGAGGGUGUCCAUACAGGAGGGUGUCCGUACAGGAGGGUGUCCGUACAGGAGGGUGUCCGUACAGGAGGGUGUCCGUACAGGAGGGUGUCCGUACAGGAGGGUGUCCAUACAGGAGGGGUCAGGCUGGCCCCCCUGGACCCCGGGGGCCCCUGGAUCACCAGGGCCCAGAGGACCCCCUGGGAACACAGGGAAGGAUGGGCCCAGAGGACCCCCUGGAGAGCAGGGACUGAUGGGUCCUCCUGGACAGAAGGGUGAGGAUGGACAGCAGGGCGUGCCUGGAUUACAGGGGUCUCCGGGGCUAAAGGGGGAGCAGGGGCCUGCUGGUGACCAGGGCAGGACUGGCCUUGAUGGACUACCAGGGAUGAAGGGCUUACCAGGAGAGAAAGCUGUUCCUGGCUCCUAUGACAACAUCGGCCAAGUCGUUCAGGGUCUCCCAGGGCCACCAGGGCCACCAGGAGGCCAAGGGUCAAAGGGAGACUCAGGCUCACCUGGUGCACCUGGAGCUGAUGGGGAUAAGGGAGCCAAAGGGGAUAGAGGUGAUGAUGGGAUGCCUGGAGUGGCAGGGGAGAAGGGAGAGCGAGGCCUGGUGGGCCAAACUGGGCUUGCGGGAGCUGAUGGUAAAAAGGGAGAGCGAGGGGAUUCAAGGUUUGAGGACAGUCUGGCCCAGAGGAUCUCUAUCCCAGGCCCCCCAGGGCCUCCCGGGCCUCAGGGUUUCAUGGGACUUGAUGGAAGGCCUGGCCCCAAGGGGGAUCCAGGUGAGGGAGUGAAAGGAGAUAAGGGAGAUGCAGGUGACAAAGGUCCUCCUGGGUUAAGGGGUGCCCAGGGUCUUCCAGGUUCUACAGGGUUGGUUGGUCUCCCCGGCACCAAAGGGGGAAAGGGAGAGCAAGGAUUGCCGGGAUUAGAUGGUUUCCCCGGGCUGAUGGGACAGAAGGGGGAGAGGGGGGGCAGAGGAGACAAGGGUGACAGGGGGAUGCUGGGAAAGAAGGGACUGAAGGGACAGAAGGGCGAACAAGGCCCCCCUGGACUGGACCAGCCCUGUCCUGUGGGCACCAAUGGGGGUGGAGAACACCCUGGGGAGGCGGGGCAACCCUCAGGCGCCCCUUGCCCCCUGGGUCGGGAUGGAUUACCCAUACCUGGAUGUUGGCAUAAGUGAUGACUGACCCGGGACAUGGGAUCUGUACAUAUCGAUAUAUAUUUUUCAAAUAAAACUCAAGUGUUGUUUUUUGUUGUUGUUGCCAAUUCUAAUUUAAUAUAUUGAGUUUUUCGUAUUGGAAUUUAGAUUGUGGGCCUAUCACAAUCAAUAUUUUUUUUAUUUUUUGCAUAUGAAAAGAAAACUAGUUUUUUUAGUUUAGAGAUUACUUACAAGAAGGAUAUCAUGCACACAAAGAGGGGAGACUGGUGACAAACGGAGAGCGGCAGCAAAUGCACUUAACACCUACCGGAUGGACAAAUGUUGCUGCUUUUAUCUAUACGGGGAGAAAUAAAUCAUUGAUUCUGACUAACAGGCUCACUAGUGUUCCUAUAUUGGAGUGUACAACUCAGCCUGCACCUUGCCCCAUCACUCCUGUGAUCGCUGUUUGCUUUGAAAGGACCAGUCCUCACGGCAGGGACCCAAUGCCAAGGUGCCUAUCCCAACCUUAGGAGAGAGGUAUGGGGAGGCACAGAGGAUGGCCCUCACAGUGGAAUAGGAGCCACACAGACUGACUGCGCUGGACAGAGACAGAUGGCUACACCAGCAUGGAGGAAAUAUGUCUUUCACUCUUCAGCUGCAAUCCUAACUGGUACUGGAGGGACUGGAUUCAAACACCAGAUCCCUCACAACAAAUUACAGACACACACUAGCUUAGAUGAACGGAUUUAUUUCAAGUAGUUCUAAAUCCCUUAGCAGUGUGUUAUCCAUUACAUGAGGUUGUGUGUUUUUGUCAUGUGUGCAAAAACGAAUCAGAUCUGAAAUGAACACAUUUUUUAAUACCAUGAUGUUUCGAUGGCUUUUUAGAUUUAACCUUUGUCUGUAGUCGUUUUCUUAAAUGUGUUUAAUGUUUAGAUCAAUAUUGGUUUAAAAUGUUUUAGAAUGUUUAUAAUGGUUUCAAAGUUGUUGCAUCAAAUCAUUCCUCUGAGUGCUCUAACCAGUUAAUUGACACAGAACACUGUAAAACUUUGUAGAUAAAUAUAAUGAGAUAUUCCUGUGUGUAGGUUUUGUGGAAAUUCCUUGGAUCUGUCUUAUAUUCAAGUUAUAUACAUUUUCAUUUCAUACAUCGCCCCUGAAAAAGUUAGAGCUAUUCAAACAGUCAGAUUUAGAUUUUCAUGUCAAAUGAAUGAUAGCAAGCCUAAAAAAGGGCCAGGACUUUUUACAUCUGACAUCAAGGUAGAAAUAAAAUACAUAUUUUCAAACCUACCAGGUGGGCUUAUUGGGCUAAUUAUUGUUUGUUCUAGAUACAUGCAGUAUUUAAGUUGUCGGUCAUAUUAAAUACUAUUUCAAAUGGA